AUGAUGAUGUUAUGGCCUGCAACUGGGAACUGUGACAUCAAACGCCCUUCACCCCAUGGGAAGCCAGAAGGUUGGAAUCAGUCAACAAAAUGCUUCAAGGGGGUGUUGGCCGCACACUUUACUGGAGGCAACCUCGACAAUGCUGAAUUGAUUGGCAGAAAUAUUGCUAUACCAUCAUGGGUUAGUCUGGCAGAUGACCAAAAGACAAUAAUGAGCAGCAGCCUCGAAGAGAAUGCAGCCCUGAAAAACAUUGCUCUUCACAGAUUCAAAAAUUCUUGGGGAGCAUUGCUCAUACUCUCUCACAAAGUAGUUCAAAGUCCUGGUAUUCCACGGAUCCGAUUUGCUAAGAGAUGUAGCACCAACAGAGUUAUGCUUGAUUUUUAUUGGUCCAUUGAGAAUGUGCAGUUUUGCACAUAA